AUGCGUACCAAUCUAAUACGGGCUUUGCACGUCGCUCGAUUGAAAAAGCCGCUCAAUUUUGCUGGAUACAAGGCACUUCGCGAGAUACAGCCUGUCCAGUCACAAGUUUCUUCUUCUGCUUGUUACUAUCAUGUUACUAGCCGUCUCUCCGGUAGAGCCACUUCUGCAUCCGACAGCAAAUACCAUUUCCCCCGAAUCCAUGACAACCAGGACCCCGUUGAAUUGUUCAAUAAACAUUUACAGGAUGGCACUCUUACAAAACCCAUGGCUCACGCGUGCCUGAAGACAGCGGCGAGACGAGAACUCUGGGACAAAGGACUGGGAGAAGCUACUAUCAAGUGGAUGUGGAACGACCACGACAGUUAUCAGUUUCCAAGGGAUACCAGUCUGUUGGAGCAUAUGGUCAGACAUCUCGUGCGGGAGAGUAAAGAGGAACUGGUAUGGAAAUGGAUCGAACAGAAAAGCCGCAAGUCUGCCCGUCUAGGCCCAAACGAUCGGUUCGUCUGGAGAGCUGAUGCUGUGAAAGCACUCAUCGCCACACAAGCAUUUGUCUCGGACCACGACAGUCUUGAUGGAGCUGUGGAAACAUUUUUGCGAGCAAAGUCCAGCAGUUAUUCAAUCCCACUCGCUCCCGCCAGAAUGGAAUGCGCAAAAUUGCUUAUGCUGCCAGUGGAGAAGACAACCCUAGAUUGGGACGUCAACUCCAAACUUGAAACCCCCAGAUGGCCAAAUACGAGUACGAAGCUGUGGCAAGAAUUUCUCGACGCCGUCGAGACUGUACGGGAUGUCAGUGAGCCAUUGAAGGCUCAGCUUCCAUUGUACCAUCCGGAAAAGCCAGACCCAAUGCCUUAUCUCAAGCACUCUCAACACCUGGCCAAGAAUCCCAAGAUCGUGGAGAAAAUGGUCAAGAAACCAUCUAUUACCCCUUGGAUUGCACGAGGCAGGCAUGCUGAGGCAUUGUUGCGAUUGCAAGGGCAGGAAAAGGACGCUGAUUGGUUGAAGCAGUUCCUUCAAGAAUUGUACACUCAAUCAGAACCGAGCAGGAGAAAGGAGGCAGAGAGAAAGAUCUCAAGACGUGAAAGGAACGGCUCGACGGGAGAGCAAGGGUGA